AUGGUUACUCUCAAUCGAAUUGCCCUUACUGUUCUGGCUAUUGGCGGCUCUGUAAGCGCUCGUCGUAAGGACGAAUGUCGGGUUGCUAACCAUGUCAAGGCGGUAGAGGCAAAGCCUGCCGCCGCAGCUUCUUCAGCCUUGUUUGAGCUAUCCGAUUUCAAACCCGGCGUGGAAUGGGAAAUUGUCCUACACCAGCCUAUCAAGCACGAUACCGUCGCCGAUUUGAUCCCGUCCAAAGCCAAAGUAUGGGACAUCGAUAUGGGACAUGGCCGCGAUUAUCCAGAGAUGAUUCCCCUGCUCAAGGGUGCUGGAAAGUUCGUGAUCUGCUACUUCAACGCCGGUGCUCUUCAGUCAUGGGACAAGGAUAUCAAACAAUUUCCCAAGGCCGUUAUUGGUCAUUCCUUGGCCUAUCCUUAUGACAGUGAGGAGUGGUACCUCGACAUUCGUGAUUCAACAGUGCUCAAGCUUCAGAAAGCACGCCUUGACGUUGCUGCAAAGAUUGGAUGCGAUGCAGUGGACCCUGACAACGUCGACGCCUGGCAGCAGGAUGGCGAGGACCCUACAGGCUUCAAACUGAAGCCAUCCGACUACAUCAAAUAUCUCAAGAAUCUCGCAGAGUACGCCCACUCAAUCAAGACCAAGGAUGGUAACCGUCUUCUCGUGGGCCAAAAGAAUGCACCUGAAGUUGCUGAGGACCUUGUCUCAACCCUUGACUUUGCUGUUCUCGAGUCUUGCCGCGGCACUACGGAUCCUGGCGAGGAGAGCUGGCCAUUCUGUGAGGACUUCCAAACAUACAUCGACGCUGGCAAGCCUGUACUCCAGAUUGAGUAUCCUCCUUCUGUUGAGAAAACCGGUAAGCUCAGUUCGUCAGACAAUGCCUACUACUGCACCCCCAAGGGCGAGGAUAAGGGUUUCAGCAAAAUCUUGAAGUGGGCUUCUGCUCAACUUGACGGCUGGGGUCAGUUCUGUGGCGAGGAUCCUUUCCACACUCCUGUCAUCAAAGAGUAG